AGAGACGAGAGAGAGAGAGAGAGAGACGAGAGAGUGAGACAGAGAGAGAAGACUGGUCGUCCGAAUUUCAAGUGAAACGAACAUUGGCCAGUUCGUGAUGGAACCUAAGUGAUCAUACGAUCUGCUAGAAAUAGCAGCCAAAUUACGCUAUAAUCCCAAACUUUGCCGACUUAUGGAGGUACACCAUUAAAUAAUAUAAUGUUAAAUAUCCACUGUUAAACAGACCAAACAAACAAGAUGGUCACGGAUGGAGUGCAUUAAGCAGACGGAACCCUGUCGCUUUUCCCAUGAUGCCUGCCACUUCCGUUCGAACUGUUCGUCUCUCUUCUCUGAAGAGUUGCACUUUGGAAGUGAAGAGGAGGAAUCCGACUCUCAACUUCCUCAAAACAACAAACACCACACGAAGUCAAUUAAGAACUUUAAGUCGCCUUUUAUAAUUAAUCGUCUGGCUUAAUUAGUUUAUUAUCGUCAUAAUAACUUCGUCUUCGAUUGGAAAAUUCGCUGGAAUUAUCGAUUAUUGAAGAGAAACCCACCUCCAGGAAUCUCAACCAAAACAUAAAACGGAUCUUUAAAUCUAAAUAACAACUCUUGUCUCAACACUCGGAUUAUUUAAUUAACCAGGUUCAAUUUUAAACAGUUUUAUUUUGUAAAUGUGACGGAGUAAACGGAUUUAUUGUGUUUCAUUUUCUAAAAAAAAAAAAGGGCAGAAUCGAAGGAAAUAUUUAAAAAUUACAGAAAUCUUCCAAAGUGUAUCAGAAACGACUGGUAAAAUAUUUUUUGAAUAAUCACCAUCAAUCAACCAAGUAAUCAAUCAAUUAUGGUCCGUAAAAAGUUCGAUCGAACAGUUGUGAAAAAAUGUCCAAAAUGUGAGGAACAAGUACCUGUUGCUUGUAAAUUUUGUACCUGUGGACACCCGUUCGCUUCUCGGAAUAAAUUGCUUUUAAAAGAAGAAGCUGAGGAGGCGAUGGGACAUUUGGAUCGCCCAGAUAUAAAUAAGGACGAAGAAUCACCAACGGACCGUCUGAGGCGACCCAGAAGGUUGAGUCGCGACAAACCUACCUAUUAUGUGAUUACUGAGCUGAAUCGUCAGGUGAAGAGAGCCCGACAAAAGGUGAAACCGGCGAUUACCACUGAUGUGGGCGCUGUAGGUGAAUUGGUUAUACCCAAGAAGAAGAAACGAGGGCGACCUCGAGGUUCGGGUUCAAGGAAUAAACCGAAACGGAAGGCGAUUCUUAAACAACAGGCACCACUGCAACUUCAACAACCGAAACAGGAACCGUUGAUUCUUCAACUCCCCAAACAAGAACGUCUGGAAUCUUUGGAACAAGAUUCACCCCAAGCAACAUCGCCGUCUUCAUCGUCAUCUUCUUCUUCAUCGCCACACACACCACCGUCUCAGAGUUAUUACCAUCAACUCCAAGAAAUGGAAUUUUCUGACACCAAACUAACCACAAGCCCCACUCCUUCCCUCAGCAUCGCCACCUCUUCAGGGAUCGACAGAAAAUUGAACCUGAGCAGCUCCUGUUCUGCGGCCAGCAAUAAUUUCGGUAAUAAUUCUAACCCGACGGCUGCCACUGCCUCCGCCAACCCCAGCAGCACGGGGGAAAUCUCCAUCAAAAUUGAUAACCGAACUUCUUUCUCUGCCACAACACCAUCGCCACCAUUAUCAUCAUCAUCAUCAACAUCAUCAAUAUCAUUGUCAGCAACGGCAGCAGCAAACAUCGGCCCCACGAGCAGUAAAAACAAAGGCGGCACCUCCACCGCUGCCGCCGCCUCCGCCACUAUUUCUUCAUCAAGCGGCGGCACCAACAGCAAGAACAACAACAGCAAUAAUAACAACAGCAACAACAACAGCAGCCAGAACAACAGCAGCAGCAAUCUGCUGCUCAUUAACAAUGCUCUGCACAGUAAGGACAACAACAACAGCAACAGCAGCAUCAACAGCGUGAGCAGCAGCAGCAACAGCACCAUCACCACCAAUUACGGCACCAAAAACAUUUCCAACAGCGAUAGCAACAGCAACAGUGUUUCUAUUAGCAACAUUAACAACAACAACAACAACAAUAGCAACAACUGCAAUAACAACAACAACAACAGCAGUUGUAGUAGUAGUAGUAAUAACAAUAAUAAUAAUAAUAAUGGUACCAGUAAUAAUAACGGGGGAGAAAAAGACAUGUAUUCUAACAUCUCACCUGAGAAGGCUUUACAGUUUUAUGCAAUUUUGGCGGAUUUGAACCGAAAAAUCAUUUCACAAUCAUUUAAACCUUGGUGAAACGUUUUGGCAUUCAUUGUUUAUAAUAUAUACAUCUUCACAAAACACACACACAUACACUAUAUAUAUAUAUACAUACAUACAUAUAUAUAU